AUGCGAGCACCACAAUCAGCAACCGCAACAGCGCGGCAUGUGGCCGUAAUCGGGGCCGGGAUGGCGGGGCUGCGAUGCUCGAUCGUGCUGGCGCGCAGCGGGAUGCAAGUGACGCUGAUCGAGGCGCGCGACCGCGUCGGCGGCCGCAUCCACCAGCAGCGCUGCGGCGGACACCUCGUCGACAUGGGCCCGAACUGGAUCCACGGAACGGCGGGCAAUCCGAUCAGUGCCAUCGCGGAGAAAACGAAUGCCGUCGUCGUGAGUCCCGACGAGGAUGGCGCGCUGUUUGAUUCGGACGGCAGGAGGCGGCCAGCGGAGCAGGCGAAUGCUCUUUCCGCCGAGAUUUGGGCCCUGAUUGCUGAUGCGUUUAAGUAUUCUGAGGAGAAGGGGCGGCAGAUUGGUGCUGGUGUUAGUCUGUUUGAGUAUGUGAGGGCGAGGGUUGAUGGGGAGUUGGAUUUGGAUGGUGGUGGGAGGGAUGAGGCUGGGAUUGCGAGGCGGCAGAAACUGAACCUGGACAGGGCGGAUCUCCUGCGUGAGGUCGAGAAAUGGGGUCCCUUUGUCGGGGAUCCCGUGCAGCGUCAGAGUCUGAGGUUCUUCUGGCUGGAAGAGUGUAUCGAGGGCGAGAAUGUCUUUGUUGCGAGCACUUAUCGUGAUAUCCUGGCGGAGGUGUGGCAGUCGGCGUUGGAGGAGCAGCAACGUGGUCAUCUGAAGGUCCAGCUCGAGACGGAAGUUAUUCAUGUUGAGUUGCUGUCUGAAGGGGCUCAGAGCGAGGGAGGUAAAGUGAGGAUCACGACUGCGGCGAGCGAGAAGCAGACCUUCGACGACGUCGUCGUCACGGCGCCGCUCGGAUGGCUGAAAAGGAAUAAAGAUAAUGUGUUCACGCCGGCGCUUCCGGCAAGGUUGUCUCAAGCAAUCGACAAUAUCAACUAUGGCCGUCUGGAAAAGCUCUACGUUACGUUUCCAUCGGCGUUCUGGCUCGGCAAGGACGGUGGCGACACAUCCAGCCACCCGUUGUUCACUCAGUUCCAUGAUCCCAACUACAUUGAACAUCCAGUUUCCGACGGAGCCUGGAACCAGGAGAUCAUGAGCCUCGCCCACCUACCAGGUUUGACCGCACAGCCCACGCUGUUGUUCUACAUCUACGGUCCAUGUGCGUCCUGGAUCGUUGCGCAAGUGAAGGACCUCACACCUCACUCGGAUGCUUACAAUGCUGUGCUCACAGCGUUUGCGGAACCAUUUUACAGUCGUUUGCCACAUUACUCUCCCAGUACGGAUGAAGCUUGCCGCCCAAGUGCCUUCCUCAUGACACAGUGGCAGAACGAUCGCUUCGCCGGACAUGGGAGCUACUCGAAUUUUCAAAUUGGCCUGGAGAAGGGAGACGAGGACAUUGAGGUUAUGAGAGAUAGUGGAGGGUUGGGCGAAGCUGGGGGUCUGUGGUUGGCGGGUGAGCAUACGGCGCCCUUUGUCGCGUUGGGGACGACAACGGGUGCGUAUUGGAGUGGUGAGGCCGUUGCUGGGCGGAUUCUCGCACGGUACGGGGUUGAAAAGGUGGAGGACGAGGAGACGUUUGAGCAGUAUGGCCAGAGGAAGGAUGUUUCCGGCCAGAAGAACGGCGCAGAUGCGGCGAAUCUGAAUGGUUUGGCUGUUUAA